GCAACAUGGCACCGACGCAACCUACAGCAAGAUCAGAACGCGAAAAGAAGCUAAAGUCGGUGCUUACCUUCGCCUCACUACUCGCCGAUCGGCUCGGCAACCUCUGUGAUACAUCGCUUAUCAUUGACCUCCAGACCCAUAUACGAGUGCUGUUACUCCCAGCUUUAUCGACGGCGACAACGAAGCAAGAGAAUCUCGACAAGCUAGGUGGCGAGCUAUGGAACCUCUCCACCCGCCUGCGACGUGAUGAGUCAACCCUAGAUGGUAAAGGGAACGAAGAAGGAGCCCGCAAGAGUCGUGUUCUUUGCCUUGUACGCGUGUUUGCGUUCCUGCUUCUCGAUUCGGCAGGUAAACAGGCGACCAAGACUCUUCAACGGAAGACAUGCAUUCGGCUUAUGAAGGUUGCACUGAAAGCGGCAAGAGUAUGCAUCGACGGUAAUGAGCUGGAAAAUGCGACGAAGGUCCUCGAGAGGGCUGCAGAGUAUCAGGAAGUCCUGAGCCACGCGAAUAAUGAUGUGGUGAGCAAUGAGGAGACAGAGCUUGCGGAACGAUCGCGGGUCGAAUACUAUGCUGUACGAACGACUUUGGCCUGGCGUCAAGACCGUAUGGAUACUGCAGAGCAUAUGUUCGUAAAAUGCCAACAGCUCGUUCGCGUCCUCACUCCCACCACCGCUGAAAAUCUCGCAGACCUGCUCUACGAGAUUGGCAAGGGCGCCCUGACAAAGCGGAAUUACGAACUCGCCGUUCGCUGGCUCGAACGCGCUUACGAUGUGCUCGGAGAACAGGAUCUGGAAAUGCUCAGUCCAGAAGCUGGUGAGCUGCGACUUAGUACGAUGCAGAGUCUCGUACAUGCACACAUGAAACUCAAGACGCCUGAGGCGCAAGACAAAGCGUGGCAUAUGGUAGGACUCAUGGAGACUGAAUACGGCGACAAGAUGGUCGUUCCGCUGCUAAAGAUUGAGCUUUUGUCUGCAGCCGAGACUUUCGACACAACCGAGUUCUAUAAUGUGCUUCUUCGUAUGAUGCGUUCGGUGGUCCUCAACGACACAAACUUCAGAACGAUUAUGCAUCACAUACACAAACUAAAAGAUCACAGCAUCAUUUCCGCCUGUCAAGCACUUGACGAUCUUGUUGACAUACGUCUCUUCAGGGAAGAAAAUCAGGCCUGGGUUGAGAAAGCCGUUAUCACGCGUGUCUGGCUAGGGACCACCAAUACAUUUGCCGAGAACACACUCGAGCAAUUGCAGCGGUUGUUCGAUAGGGUUUUGCAAAAUUCGAAGACAUCCCUUUCAGCACCAGCCACUCAUGCCGCACAAACAUUGCUAUGGAAGCAGGUCGAGGGGACACAUAGCCAGGAACAAUACGGCGUGGCUGAAGCGUGGUGUCGCAUCUGCCUUCACAUGCUUUUCGACAAAGCUGGAGCACAAAACAAGUCGAAAAUCACAAGGAAGAUUAUUCAGUGUGCUCUAGCACGGCUGGACUUUGCCGCUGCUCGGGAGGCAUACUCGAAGAUGCCUAGUACCGGAAAAGAUGAGCCUGUGACACGAUACUUGAUGUACAAAUUGGGCAUUCAGAGCAAUGACACAGACUUGGCUGGAGAGUGCUUGGACGUCAUAUGCCGGAACUCAUCAAAAGAUGCAACUCUACUAUAUGCUUGCGUGAUGGAGGCGCAGAAUGCUGGCGAUAAGCGGCAGGCCAUAAUUGCACUAGAACGUGUCCUCGACAAGUACGACUACAGUGCGCCCGCGGGUAUUCAUCUACCUGCGCUCUUGCGGAGCACUGCAAGGCUUCUUCAAUCAGAACUGGUCAAAGAUGGCAAUAUCGAUUCUGAUAUCAUGGGACAGCUAUGUACCGUGUUCGAAGGAUCAUGUUCACAAGCUAGAGCAUCUCGGAGAAGACCAAGUACUCCUGACCAACAACUGUUUACAACGCAGGAAUUUGAGUGGUUUUCCAAGAACGCUUACAAUCUCUCACUCAGGCACUGUGCAGAGAUGCAACCCAGUAUGCUGGUCAGGUUGUUGACUGUUUGCACAGAGUUCAUCAAGCUCUUGAAUGAACAAGAAAAGUCAGAUACUGGGAGUGAUGUUUCUCUCAGGCUAGUGUUCUGCGAGUUUCUUGCUACUUGUAGCUAUACCACAAUGGCCCGAGCAGAGGACAAUGUACAGAACUGCCUUCAAUUCUAUCUAGAGGCUCGCAAACACAGUCAAGAAUUUCGUCGUUCGGCAGCUGAAGGGAUGGACAAGCUUGGCGGAUCUGCUCAGUCGGACAUAAUCUUGAAGCAUUUUCAGAUCGUUAAGUUGGAACUGGAAGCGGUACUGAAGCUUGAGAAAUGGGAUGAGCUUGACGACCUUUUCGAUCAAUGCUGGAAGUACAAAAGCCCAGAUCACUACGAAACACUCGCAGAUCUUGUACUCGUGAUUCACUCUAGUAUGGUCACAGUGAGUUUGGAGGAGAAGUACCGGAGUAGAAUUUUAUCAGUGCUACGGAAGAUUAUCGAUCUCACCUGGCGUCAGCCUGGCAAAGACAUCACCAAGCUCGCGCGCUGGAUACGCUGCCUGUUCAACAUUGCGCUUACUUUCGACGAGAAGCUCAGUCUUGGUUGUGUUGAGAAGGCUAUUGACAUCGCAGCGGCGAACCAGGGAACAUCUUACCAUAUCACUACGUCUCUCAUGCUGGACACUCCCCCGCCAUCAUCAAGCCCUUCCAAACACGAGCACGAUGAUGUGGAAUCGACUGACGAUGAGUCCAAGAAUACUGACCGAUACCCUUCUACCGAACUCGAGUGGCUAGCAACAACGACUUAUAAUCGUGCCAUUGACUACUAUAUGCAAGAAAAUGAUCAGAGUUCAAAGACGUGGGCAGAACACUCAUUUAGAGCUGCGCAAUGGCUUGAAGACAAUGGAGCGUUAAGAGAUCUGCUGAUGGAGAAGUACGCAUGCUUGAAUUGGAACUCAUAAUGACGCAAGUUGUAACGUGCUUGCGAUACAUCGAGCAUCAAAAGAUUUAGAAGCAUGUUGUGUUCGACGUUUAAA